GGGAGUCCGGGUGCUGCAGGUUACACUUCUGAGCGCCUUCUGGAAGCCACAGGGCAGUGGAACCUGUGCCGAGGAGCCGGGGGAGGGAGAGCAGGCAGGCCCAGCUUAUGUGCCAGCCCAGUGAUAGACUUAAAACGUAAAUCAGGCUGAGGAUGGUGCGUCCGGGCGCUCACGUGUAUAUAGACCCGCCGGCGUGUCUAUCUGCCGUGUGGGUACCUGUCGUGUGAGUGGCUCUGGGCGUGGCUGCUCGUAGGACGUUCCAUUUCUGUAAGAUUUAUCUCGAGGGGCCUACCUUUCCCUGGCUCCAGAGGGGGAACGUAAGAAGUUUAACGGAGCCGAGUCUAAGCAGAUUAAGGGAACAGCGGCUGGGCCGGAGAGGGUGCGGACGGCAGGUGCUGGGGGCUAGGGAAGCACGUCUUUGCCCCGUCUUCCCCGGCAGAAAGUCCUUUUGGCAAGAUUGGUGUGACGAAGGUGGCCCUGAAGUGCUAGAGAGCCCGGGCAAUUAUGAUCGCUGAGUGAGUGGCUGGCACUGGGCUGAGCCUGGGCAGUUGACUGAUAGAAAGGGAUGCUAGCAGUUAGGAAGGUAAGGAGGAAACUCAGGAUGGGGACCAUCUGCUCCCCCAAUCCCAGCGGGACAAAGACUUUGGAGGUCUGCAAUGCUGACUGGAUGGCCUCGCUCCCUCCUCUCCUCCACAACGUCCCCCUUUCCAAUCUGGCAAUCCCAGCUCCAGUCUCAACCGCUGUCCUCACAUUUAUUGCUUCGUAUAGGCUCCCAUGACUCAUUCAGUUACUGGGUAGACGAAAAGUCCCCAGUGGGGCCUGACCAAACCCCAGCUAUCAAACGCCUCGCCAGGAUCUCCUUGGUAAAGAAGCUCAUGAAGAAAUGGUCUGUGACUCAGAACCUGACAUUCCGAGAACAGCUGGACGCUGGGAUCCGCUACUUCGACCUGCGUGUGUCUUCCAAGCCAGGGGAUGCCGACCAGGAAAUCUACUUCAUUCACGGGCUUUUUGGCAUCAGGGUCUGGGAUGGGCUGAUGGAGAUUGACUCGUUCCUCACACAGCACCCCCAAGAGAUUGUCUUCCUGGAUUUCAACCACUUCUAUGCCAUGGACGAGGCCCAUCACAAACGCCUGAUUCUCCGGAUCCAGGAGGCCUUUGGGAGCAAGCUGUGCUCAGCCUGCAGUGUGGAGAGUAUGACGCUGCGGACGCUGUGGGAGAAGAAGUGCCAGGUUCUCAUCUUCUAUCACUGUCCCUUCUACAAGCAGUACCCCUUCCUAUGGCCUGGAAAGAAGAUCCCAGCGCCCUGGGCAAAUACCACAAGUGUGCACAAGCUCAUACUCUUCCUGGAGACCACACUGAGUGAGCGCUCUCCCCACGGAUCCUUCCACGUGUCGCAAGCGAUCCUCACGCCCAGAGUGAAGACCAUCGCCCGGGGCCUGGUUGGCGGCCUCAAGAACACGCUGGUCCAUAGGAAUCUUCCUGCCAUCCUGGAUUGGGUGAAGACUCAGAAGCCUGGAGCCCUGGGUGUCAACAUCAUCACGUCUGACUUCGUGGACCUGAUUAAGUAUCUUCAGUGCUUCUUACCUCAAGAGCACUCACAAAGGAGCUUCCUGAACUUUUCUUACCCAGGCCAGAUGCUGCCAUGGUCCUCCUCCCCUCCACAGGACCACGCAUCUCAGGACCAUGAGCGACCUCUGACUCUACUAUAGAUGCUGUAGACGUCCUGCCCCCCACCCCACCCCAUUAUGCUGGGGACGGUGUUCGUGUGUGGGUGUGGUCCAGACCCAAGAAGCCACUACCAAGCCGUGCACUGGAACAGAAGAUGAAAUGGGUCAUGAAGAGCUCUCGGUUUUUGAGGAAAACCCUCUAGAAGAGGGAUGAAAAGGAAGGUGCUAGAAAGAACACUGGCCACGGGAGGGUGUGUACUUAUUGCUCCUCAGAACUCUCUGAGAAUCCCUAAGGAAGUGUCGUCUUCUGGAUCCUUAAGGCUGAAAGAUAACACGGAAUCCCGGACGGCUGUGUGCAUUUAUACAGAUGGUUGGACCACCUCCCAGCAGCUUCCCACUCCUGUUCUCUGAUGCUCAUGGCUGGAUUUUGCAUAUUGCCUGCCGUGGGGGUGUCCUAGCUGAGCUGCUAAGAGCACAUGCACACCCCCGACACUUGGUCUUCCAGCCUUUACAUUGCUUAAAGUAAUUUAAGCCCCAGCCGAGGAGGUCACAACGCAAAGGCCUCUGGUUUAACUGUUCCUUCUCUUGCAUUUGAAUCCCUCUCCAGAGUUGGUUCUGGGAUUUUAUUGUUAGUUUUUUAGGGCCUUCUCUGGAAAGGAGUGAGAAAGUGAGUGCCCUCACUUUCUUAAUUUCCCUUCGAUUCUGAUAUUAAACUGCAGUGACAAGCUUUGAAAUUCCCUAGCCUACCCUCAGGGUUUUAUUUGUGUUGUCAUUAUUUCAUUUUGGUCUUGAUUUUAAUACUUGGUCAAUUGCUAGGGACUACAUCAUUUCCCUUCUUUAAGCCCUUUGUUACUUGGCAAAGAGAUACGGAGGCAAGAGGAGAAUUAUUCUGCUCUGUUUUAUUUGAGCCUUAGCUUUGCCCAGGAGCUUGGUGCUAUGAGGCCAGGUGUGUUGACAGGUAUCUACACAGGAUGCCAGUGACACCCAAGGGCUGCUGACUGUUCAGUGAAAUGUUUACUUGAUUUUCUCCUUUAGUGUUAAAAUACAUAGUUGCACUUCACUUGGGUUGUAACAUUUAAGUGCACCUCGGCGUUCAUGAUGAAAAAGCACAGAAAACCAUACCAAGGUCGCAUGCAUGGAGUCUUGCUCAUUGUGGAGGGGGCAGGCGCUCACUCCUUCCUGCUGCUUUGGGUUGCCAGCCUGGCCUGCAUUCUGAAAUUCUGCACAGGAGUUCUGGAAGAUAGGAGGAGGAUUAUUUACAGUUCACCCUUGGUAAACACCCCUGAAUUGGCAGAAUUUCUGCCCCAAGACCAAGUUGCUUAAUAUAUUGUAAAGGAUGUGUGUAUUCUGCUCCUUGACCUCAGGCCAAGCAGGAGACUCAGUGAUGGGACCGAGGGAAAAGGCACUUUAGGUCUAUGACUCAUUCUACAACUGCCAACAAUAAAAAAUUGUGACCUGAUCACAUCAUUUAUUCUCACAAGGUCUUGGGAUUUUUCGGAUCAAACAAGGCUAUCCUAUUUGCUCAGAAUGAACUUCAAGAUCAGCGAAAAAGCUACUUGAUUGAGCAAAAGAGGACUUUAGUUUCACGGGAUUUGGGGCCACGUUCAUUCUGAAAUGUAGACUGAGUUUUUCUUGGGCUCCCAGGACCACUUCCCACAUGGCCACACCUCCAUGGCUUCGUGGCAAAGGGGACAGUCACAGGUUGCAGUUAGAGUAGAGCAGUGUUUAAAGGCUUGAACUUUGAGCCUUUUAGAGGUACCACCGUGGUUUCAUGGGUACAGAAGAUAUUCUUAGGAUUGGAGAAAGAGGUCAAGAUGGAAUUGAUGGAAGGGAAUGAUAAAUUAUUGAAGAUUAAACUUUAAAUUAAUGGCAGAUCUAAGAGGGUUAUGCCAAAAAUAUUACGUAUUUGCUGUAUUAGACUCUAUAGUAAUUAAGUGUCAUUAUUUUCCUUAGUGCUGAGUGCAGACCCCUGCAUUCUUGAGAACAGUUAAGCCACAGCCCAAACCCAGGAUUUUAUAUAAACGCAAACAAAAGCACAAGAUCUGAGCCCAGGUAAUGAUCACCCUUAAGAAUGCUACUUCUUCUAACAUGACCUUAUAUUUGCAUCAAAAAGUUUAUCUUUCUGUUCAAGAAGACAAUGUAGUGGAGCAUUCUGGAAUUAAAUGCAUUUCGUGGUGGGUCAGGAUUUUCUACUUUCAUUUUUUCUGAAGUGCUGCCCACAGAGACAUUAUUAUUACAUACAAUCCAGCUGGGGGCUUAGUGCUAAACUAAAGGUGGAGAAACAGAAGAGAUUAAGCCUGAGAUGAAACUUUUGCUUCCUAGGAAGCAAAAGCACGACACAAGUUUAGGCCAUCUUACAGAAUUAGUUCAUGCCACAGAUGCAGUUUUUGUAAUGGCUUUCAUUGGCUAAUUGCAGAUUUUUGCUGUUAGGUUCUGGGAAACGGAACGGGCUAAUGAUGGGGGCACAGCCACGAGACCCCCCUCCCCUUGCAGAGCAGAGAAGCGAUCCUGGGCUAAAUCUGCCUUAGUUCUUUCAUCUGGAAUAAAAAUGCUGUCCGCUGUUUUGCAAACCACAGUCAACUAGCUCCCCCAAAACAUCAGGUCCCUAACAAUUAGGUUAAAUGCCUGUGCGCAGAGCAUGUACAGGGGCAGUAGUCUUCCUUGUGUGAGAUGUGUAGAGAAAUGCUACUUGGCUCAUUUAUCAAGAGAGUGGCUUAGGACGACAGACUUGUCCACCAGUGGCACCUUUAGUGACCCGUCAAAUGAGAUGAGUAGGGCUGAAAGCAAUAUCUGAGCUAGGGAGGUGAGCUUUCCCAAAUACAUGCUAAAUGGUCACGUUAUGCCAAAAGGAAAUAAAUAGAAACUGAAAACAUAAGACGUCCAAACUGACAGGAAGUUUAUUUUGUAUGGCAUAGAACGUGGCUGUCCCCCUAAAUUCCGCCAACUUCCCUGUACAUCUCGCCCCUCUACCUCAGACGGCUUCCUGGUAUCUGCUACCAGAGCUGUGUCAACUCAGAUGUUGCCUUGGGACACACAGGAGUGAACUGAUGGGGUGAUAAGUGAAUUAGCUGGAAACUUUACCCUUAAUUCCAAAUGACAGUGAACAGCUCUUUACUGCUCCAAGAGCUCCACUGUCCCCUUAUCCUCUGGCUUCCCCAGAAUCCUACUAGAAAUAGUGACACUAAUGGCACUGUCAUCACUGAAUUGGCCCUAAACCAGGGGAAUAGUGUACAAAAUGCUAUUGAUGUUGUUGGCACAGUCUUAGACACUGAAAGUAUUCUAAGAUAACUCUAUCCUGCAGUGGAUAUAGUGUUCUAGUCUUUUCUCCAACAAAACUUGUUCUUAGGACUUUUCAAACUUGUUUCUAAGCCUCAUAGUUUGGAUAAAAUAUUUUCCUUCUCUUCACUGGGAAUCCAAUCCCACAGUCUACUGAGUACCCCCCGUCAAUAGUCUAGAGGCAUUUUCCAUCUCUUUCCCUCUCAUCUCCGUCAUAGAAUAUACCACUGCCUCCUCUUGUCUCCCGGUCAUCCUUGAUCAGCUGCUGAUUACUGUUAAUCACAGGAUGCUGGCAAAACUUAACAAUAAAAAGCACAUACAUUCAAUGAUGUGCAAAUGCACUCUUACCACAGUGGUUUUCGCACCUUACUCUCCUCAGAUGCAUUAUUCUGCACCCCUACUCGCACCCCAUCAAUAGAACUUUACCUGAUUGGAGCCCAGACCUGGGGCCAGUACUUCAUUCAAAUAGUUGGGGCUUGCUCACAAACUCUGAGCCCAACGAGAAGCACAGCAUUUUGAAAAGUCAAAUAAGCCUUCCGUAGCUUUGUACGUUUGCAGUUUUACAUUUGUUAUUAGGUUAGAGCACUAAUAACACUUCAGUCAUAAAUCUAUCGUAUCAAUAUGAUAAAUCUUAGAACAUAUUCUAGAAACAGUGGUACCUUACUGCUAUUAUACUUACUAAUUUCCACCCUAAUGGUAAUAAGUAUUACAUGCAGAUCGUGUAUGCAUUAUUUGUAUUGUGUAUAUGCCAACUGUAAUACUUAACCUCACUGAUAAGAAGAUACAGAGAUUGUCAAAGUGAAAAUAAAUCUUGGUCAAUUCAGAUGAUAAUGUGAAUCUGAUAAAUGCUCUGUUAGAUAUUAUAUUUUCUUCUUUAUGCUUGUUUUAUAUGACAAUGCAUGCUGUUUGCGAAGUAAAAAAAUAAUACAUUAUACCAAUUUUAAGGUUAGAAUGAAAAUUUUACAUAUAUGCUGCUUGAUACUCUGAAAUGUAUUUUGUGGCAUAAUUAUCUUAUUCAUAUGAAUUGCACAUGGCUUUUUUUCCCCCUAGGAAAUAACUGUUCAAAUAUAUCUCUCUCCGUCUUUCUGGUAACCUGGAUUAAAUUGCUUAAUUCAACCUAAAACAUUGUAAAGCCAGAUUACCUCAUUUUAACUGUGAAAAAAGUUUAGUAGAUAUGAUGACAUGAUAUCUUUUCUUGUAUUUGAUUUGAACUACCUAAAUAGACUUAAACCUAAUAAUAAAUAUAAAACUUUGGCAGGCA